CCAAUGACUCAAGCGAAGGACGGAGGUGAGAUUAUCAGGGAUCCUCAGCAGCAGCGGUCCUGUUAGUAUAAAGGGAAAUAAUCACAAUGGGCAGCACCGACUCCAAACUCAACUUCAGGAAAGCAGUGAUUCAGCUGACAACCAAAACACAGCCCGUGGAAGCCACAGACGAUGCCUUCUGGGACCAGUUUUGGGCAGACACCACCACCACGGUCCAGGAUGUUUUUGCACUGGUGCCAGCUGCAGAGAUUAGAGCUGUUCGAGAGGAGUCCCCCUCCAAUUUAGCAACUCUAUGCUAUAAGGCCGUGGAGAAGCUGGUGCAGGGUGCUGAGUCUGGAUGCCCCACAGAAAGGGAGAAGCAGGUGAUCCUGAACUGCACUCGCAUCCUGAGCCGCAUCCUUCCUUACAUAUUUGAAGACCAGGACUGGAGAGGGUUCUUCUGGUCGACGGUACCCGGCGCUGGGCGGGCUGGGACAGAUGAGCUGGAUGAUGAUGAAGGAGCUCGACCCCUGGCCGAGUCUCUGCUCCUGGCCAUCGCUGACCUCCUCUUCUGCCCGGACUUCACUGUGCACAGCCACAGGAGAGGCCCAGACUCUGUAGAGAGCAUGCAGUCCAUAGACAGCUGUGAAUACAUCUGGGAGGCAGGGGUGGGCUUUGCACAGUCCCCCCCUCUCAACUACAUCCAUGAUCUGAACAGGACAGAGUUGCUGAGGCUGUUACUAACCUGCUUCUCUGAGGCCAUGUACCUGCCUUCCUCAACGGACAACAGUGUCCUCAACCCUUGGGUGACAUUCUUCUGCUCUACAGAAAACAGACACGCUCUGCCUCUGUUCACCUCUCUGCUGAAUGUGGUGUGUGCCUACGAUCCAGUGGGCUACGGCAUCCCAUACAACCACCUGCUCUUCUCCGACUACCGGGAGCAGCUGGUGGAGCAGGCUGUACAGAUCCUCAUAGUGACACUGGAGCACGACGGAGGGGUUCCCCACCGGCCCCCGUCCCCAUCCAGCAUCGAGGAACACGAGUCUACAGGUCCUGAAAACCUGUUUGUGAACUAUUUGUCAAGGAUCCACAGAGAGGAGGACUUUGACUUUGUACUGAAGGGCCUAGCUCGUCUGCUGACCAACCCUUUGACUCAGACGUACCUGCCUAACUCUACCAAGAAGAUCCAGUUCCACCAAGAGCUGUUGGUGCUUUUCUGGAAGCUUUGUGACUUCAACAAGAAAUUCCUGUUUUUUGUCCUGAAGAGCAGCGAUGUGCUUGAUAUCCUGGUUCCUAUACUCUUCUACCUGAAUGAUGCCAGGGCUGACCAGUCCCGUGUUGGACUCAUGCACAUCGGUGUGUUCAUUUUGCUGCUGCUGAGCGGUGAGAGAAACUUUGGCGUGCGCUUGAAUAAGCCCUACUCUGUCCAUGUGCCUAUGGACAUCCCAGUGUUCACGGGAACCCAUGCUGACCUGCUUAUAGUGGUGUUUCACAAGAUAAUCACCACAGGCCACCAGCGUCUCCAGCCUCUGUUUGACUGCCUGCUCACUAUUGUUGUUAAUGUGUCUCCUUAUUUGAAGAGCCUGUCCAUGGUGGCAGCCAAUAAACUGCUCCACCUGCUGGAGGCCUUUUCCACUAGCUGGUUCCUGUUCUCUGUAGCCCAGAACCAUCACCUCGUGUUCUUCCUUCUCGAGGCUUUCAACAAUAUUAUCCAGUAUCAAUUUGACGGAAACUGCAACCUGGUGUAUGCAAUCAUACGCAAACGUAAUGUGUUCCACCAGUUGGCCAACCUGCCCUCUGAUCCGGCUUCCAUCCAGAAGGCUUUGCAGAGGAAGAGGAAGUCUCCGGAUGUCAUUUCGCGCACUAGCUCGCAGGAGACUGUAUCCAUGGAGGGCUCUCACCCUGCUGUACCGGCAGAGCCCGGUACACUGAAGACCAGUCUGGUCGCUAUACCAGGCAUUGAGAAACUGACUGAGAAGUCCCAGGUGUCAGAGGAUGGCACCAUGGUGUCGGUUCAAAAGAUAGACCCCUCACAAACAGCCCACUCAGACCAAACUCCAGUUGAUGUUUUCUACACUGAAGCAGAAAUGGAGAGAAGACGUUUGUCAAGCGCGUCUGCGACAUCGUUUUGGGCUCCCACACCAGAGUGGGUCCACUCCUGGAAGUGUAAACUACCCCUACAGACUAUCAUGCGACUUUUACAAGUUCUAGUUCCCCAAGUGGAAAAGAUCUGCAUUGACAAGGGUCUAACAGAUGAAUCAGAGAUCCUGAAGUUUCUCCAGCAUGGCACAUUAGUGGGCCUGCUGCCAGUUCCUCACCCGAUCCUCAUCAGAAAGUAUCAGGCCAACGCAGGCACUGCCAUGUGGUUUCGUACCUACAUGUGGGGCGUCGUCUAUCUGCGCAAUGUGGACCCUCCUAUCUGGUAUGACACUGAUGUUCACCUUUUCGAGAUUCAGAGGAUGUAGACAGAAGUGUGAAAAUGGGACUGUUCAACAGGGUUCCUCCUCCCUUCAGUAUCUGCUGGUUUCCCAGUCAACCUCACUGUGUUUAACUCGCCUCCCUAAUCAUCAUCAGUGCGUACACCACCAACCUGGGUAGGAAUGUUAUUCAGACAAGUCAGGUAGAGAUACAUCCAUAUUAAGAUGGGGGAUGAUUGAAUUAUCAUAA